AUGAAGAAAGGGUUUAAAGUAACAGACGUGAAACGCGAGAAAAAAAUCGGAGUCGCCGCCGAAAAUUUGAAUGAAUUGAUACAAAAAUCAUGUAAAAAGUUAGGGUUCAAUGUCGGGUUUGCUGAAUGCAAGUUAUUCGUCGCUGAAGAUGGUACACGAGUAGAUGAUGAUGAUUACCUGGACACUCUCCCAUCGCAAACACUCUUUAUAUUAUUAAAAAACAAGGAGACAAUGGUCACGGAUUUUGACUAUUACUAUAAUGUAAUUCGAUCGUCUGGGAAGGACUAUAUAGAAACCGGUGUGGCUGCAAAAGAGUUUCUCAGUACAAAUAUCAAAGAAAAAUUUCGCGUCUUUCAGAAAUAUGUUGCAGCAGCAAACGAUGCACGUACCAUGCUCAGUGAACGCUCUCAAGAUCCAGGAUGGUUUGAAGGCUUGGACCCUUCAGAAAAGACCAAGGAGCAAACUAUGUCCAAACGAGUGAAAGAACGGAUGAAAGGAUACUAUUAUAAAACCAAAACGGCAUUGCAAUCUUCUGAACUUUACAUUAAUUCCAAAAGGGGACGAGGAAAGAAACUUAUUGAUCAGUUCCUAGACGACCUCCGGAAGUUGCUAGAAAGCAAUAAAUAUAAUGAGACUUAUUUCAACAGAAAAGCUGAGAAAGAUGCUCGGCUUUGUAAUGAAAACGGGCUGUUCCAGUGUGGUGGUCUCUGGAAUAAUAAUACUUGCGCAUACGAAGGUGAGCAUAUCAUUAAUCCAUACAGAAGCCGUGAGGAAAGGAUUAUAUUCCAGACGUGGAAUCUAGACCAUAAGAUUGAGCUUUCAAGAUCUAUUAUACCGAAAAUAUUGGAGGCGAUACAGUGGCUAUACAAUGAAAAUAUUAAAUGUAUUUCUUGUGACAGCAACUUCAAGAACGGCAGUAUUGAAACCGACCGAUAUUACUUACAGAUAUUCACUCGUUAUAAUUUGAAAUUGGUCCAUAUUGUUUGUCACUUUAAAGGUAAGCACAGCAUUCAAUCUGACAUAUACACAAUGUGCAAAAAUUGCUAUGGGAAUACAAGUAUUGAGUAUAUUAAGUAA